AUGGCUAUUAGCCAGGCCAUCACACAAUGUACUGAGGAAGAAAAUGUCCAACCAAACCACCAUGGCCAGUUCCUUCUCCUGGGAUUCUCUGAUGUUCGGGUGCUGCAGAUUUUGCACUUUGUGGUGUUCCUGGUGAUUUACCUGGCAGCCCUGCUGGGGAAUCUUCUCAUCAUCACAGCCAUAGCCCUGGACCACCGUCUUCACAUCCCCAUGUACUUCUUCCUGAUUAAUCUGUCCAUCCUAGACCUUGGCUCCAUCUCUGUCCUCAUGGCAUACAACCAAUUCAUCACCAUCUGCCAAACGCUGCACUAUGAGACAGUGAUGAACAGGAGAGUUUGUGUCCAAAUGGCAGCCAGUGCCUGGAUCAGUGGAAUUUUCUACUCUGCACUGCACACCAGGAACACGUUUGCAAUAUCCUUCUGUGGAGGCAAUGUGAUAGAUCAAUUCUUCUGUGAAAUCCCCCAGCUCCUCAAGCUCACCUGCUCUGACUUGUACCUCAGUGAAGUUGGAGCUCUCAUCUUUGGUGUAUCCGCAGUCUCAUGCUGCUUUGUUUUCAUAAUUGUGACAUAUGUUCAGAUCUUCACCACAGUGCUGAGAAUCCCCUCUGAGCAGGGCCAGCAUAAAGCCUUCUCCACCUGCCUCCUCACCUUACUGUGA